UCAGUCAAUAGAGUGCCGUCACUAAAUAAAAGCAGAGAAAAUAUUUCAAUAGUUUGUAGCUGAAAAAUAUGUUCGCAUCUGUGGAAUUAAGCUCAUAUCGCGAUCAGCACUUCAAGGGCUCGCGCUCCGAGCAAGAGCGAUCGCUCCGCGACUCGUGUACACUUUACGUGGGAAACUUGAGCUUCUACACCACCGAGGAGCAGAUCCACGAGCUCUUCUCCCGCUGCGGCGAUGUUCGUGUGAUUGUGAUGGGCCUGGACAAGUAUAAGAAGACGCCCUGCGGCUUCUGCUUCGUGGAGUACUAUGUCCGAUCGGAGGCGGAGGCGGCCAUGAGAUUUGUGAAUGGCACUCGCUUGGACGACCGUCUGAUUCGUGUGGACUGGGACGCCGGCUUCGUGGAGGGCAGGCAGUAUGGACGCGGCAAAACCGGCGGACAGGUGCGAGAUGAAUACCGCACGGAUUACGAUGCCGGCCGCGGGGGUUAUGGCAAACUGUUGUCACAGAAGAUUGCACCCAACACGGACAAUCGCUAGUUAUUAGAUAAAAUGACUGUAAAGACUAUAAGCCCCCCAAUUAGAUAUUAAAGCAUACCCCUUAGAC